AUGUACAAGAAGGAUUUUACAAUAGAAGAUCAUUCUUUUCUAAAUAUUGUUGCAGAUGAAGCAAUAUUUCGCCAUUAUGAAUUAUUAAGUCUAGCAUCCCGCUUAGAUGUUUAUUUCUUGGAUGAGUUUAAAUCUGCAAUAGAUUAUCGCUCAAUAGCAUGGGUAUUAGAUUUUAUAUGGGUAGCAGUAGAAGUAGCAAUAAAUAUAUAUAUUACUAAAAAAAAAAUAUUAUUCUCUAAAAUAAUGAAUGAUGAAGAAAAUAAUCAUAUUGUUUUAAAGUAA